AUUCUCACCUCACUACUUAGAGUCAUCAUAGGUUUCUCAGCAGUCCUCGUGACAACUGCUGACCUCCGCUCUCUCGACUUGGAGUCAUACCUUCACUAUUUCAAAUCUCGAUUUCUUUCAACUCAAGUUUUUCCAAAGUUUCCUCUUUUCGAAAAGCCGGUCCUUUCUGUGCGCGAACGAGUGUGUUAAGUGUAGUGUUUCACAAAAAACUAUAGUUCUCCCAAAGAAUUGUGUUUUUUUCUGGACGUCCCCUGCAGGGCGUCCCUGGACAUUUCAUCUCUUAAGGAUUAAUUUGUAAAAAUUGUCAAGAUGCUCACAUACAAUUCCUUAGCGAUGUAUCGUCAGCAGCAACAAUCUGGACAACAGUCAUUGUCUCAGCAAGUGCAGCACCAUCCGCAGCAUGGUCAACAACACACGGAGGAUGGUCUUCAGCAAUAUUGGUAUGGAUAUCCACAUGGGCAUGCACCAGCUGCUCAUCAUCAGAGUCCAACAGGUCCUCAGCAGUAUCUGAAUCCUUCAGAUGUCCUCACGUGGCCCCAUGCACAUGCACACCAUUACUCGCAUCUUCAGUACCAACACCAUCAUUAUCAGCAGCAACAACAACAACAGCAACAGCAGCAGCAGCAACAACAGUUGAGUACUGUUAAUGAUUGGAGUGGUGAUGAAGGCAACAACAAUAAUUCCUCCGCCGUCGGAAUCACGAGCGAACCGAGUCCUGCAAUCACAAUCAGCGGCAGCGAAAUUAGCAGUCCCGGAACACCGGCGACACCACCUGUUAACAACAACAAUAACAAUUCUGUGACGAAUAACAAUAAUAAUGGAUCCAGUACGCCAAUCCGACCUUCACAGAUCCGGAGUCCCUACGAGUGGAUGAAGAAACCUUCCUACCAGACUCAACCCAAUCCAGGAAAGACAAGAACAAAGGACAAAUACAGAGUAGUCUACACGGAUCAUCAAAGGCUGGAACUAGAAAAGGAAUUUCAUUACAGUCGCUACAUCACGAUUCGUCGUAAAGCGGAACUAGCGGCCAAUCUUGCCCUCUCUGAACGACAGGUUAAAAUUUGGUUCCAAAACCGAAGGGCAAAGGAGCGAAAGCAGUCGAAGAAACGGGAGGAGCAGGAGCAGAAAGACGUGAAGCCAACGACGGAACAACUCGCCGGAAGUAUGGCCAGUCUCGGAUUUGCCGGAAUGAGCAGCAUGCUCGGCAGUCUGAUGCAAAAUGGAGGCACUCCUCCAUUGCCUCCUCAUCCACUCACUCUCGGUCACUCUCCAGCCUCUUUGCACGCGGCUCACCACGCACAUCACGCGGUGCUCGGCUUGUGACCAGCAACUCCCGAAGAGGAUCUCCAAAUUUGGCCCAAUCACCUUCAAUCCGGGGAAUAAAAACAUUGAGAGGUGUGGGGGGGGGGGGUUGUAUUGACCCACAGGAGAGUAUAUGUAUAUUAUGUACAUGUUUGAAGAAUUUCGCCGCCUUUAACGGCCUUGCCUUUAAUCGAUAAUCGUAGUUUGGAAACUGUUAUUGAAUUCUUAUUGAAAAUCUAAUUCUUCUUUUCUUUUUUAUUCCAAUCAUCCAUAAAUUUCGAUAUAAAAUAGCAAAUUUAUUAUAUUUUAUUUCUAGAAUAGAGUUUAUUUAUUUACGUCGAAGAAAAAUGUGGUCAUGAGUAGAGAGGCAGGGAGGAGGAAGGGGAAGAAGAGUGAGCACGGACACGAACCUGUUGAGACUCUCGAAGAGUUUUGAUGUCGGUAAGCUAGGAAUCUCUGAAAUGGGACUUCCCUGCCUGUCUAUUUUUAGAAUGUGGUGUGAAUCGAUAUGAAACUACAGGAAAUUGCAGUCCUAUAUUAAUUCACAGUCUCACUUUUAUUGUAUAUUAUUGUAUAUAUAGUUAUAUACACUGUGAUAAUAAUGAGUAUGAUUGGAAAUUCGAUAAUAAUAUUAAAUAAUUAAUAAUAACGUUAUUAUAUACUCUAAUGCAUUAUUCGAUAGUUAGGCCUACGGUACUUAUUAUUAUUAUUUUUAUGUUAGGUUGAUUUGUAAGUAGCAGAAAAUUUCGAAA